UUUAUAUAAAAUAUUAUUACUUUCGGAAAUUGUUAGCGAUGCAAUGUACGAAGCUUUUAUUAACGGUUACCGCUUAGCUGAUGUGUCACAUGGCAAACCCUAUUAUGUUUACUGUAUUGAGGUUUUGGAGUCAAAGACUGGUACUCGACAUUUCAUCGAGAGAAGAUACAGUGAAUUUAGUGCGUUACAUCGUAAGUUGAAGAAGGAUAAUUCAGAUAUUGCACCGUUUCCACCAAAGAGAGUAAGAAAUUCGCAACCGAAAGUAUUGGAACAACGACGAGCUGCUUUGGAAUUAUAUAUACAAAAAAUGCUAAGUCUAUUAGCAACAAAGCAACAAGUUCUCAAUUUUCUGGGUAUAGAAAGCCAAGAAGCUACGUUCCAUCACAGAAUACAUAAAGCUGCAGAUAAUUCAGCACAUAACCAUCCAAAUACUUUGAGGCAUCAUCCAGUCUUGACUUUUCAUUGUGAUCCAUAUGUCCCAGCUGAUUCAACUAGCAGUCUUUCAGACAUUGUAACUAAUGGUGUGUUAUUAGGUAUAUAUAAAUCUUGAUAUUAUGAGUGAUUGACAAGAUUGAAACAAUAAAUAU